AUGAAUGUCUAUGCAGGAAACCACUGUGCGACAGGCGGCGAAAGGUGCUCUUCGAUCCGUGCCUGGGGCGAACAGUUGGACAAGAACAUCAGGAAAAUAAUGGUGUCGUGCAAAGCCCGUUUCUCCAAAUGCUCAAAAUACCGCCCGUACCUUCCCACCGCUGAAAUGGGAAUGGGACUGAAAUCGAUCGCAGACGAGGUAGAAGAAGCCACGGUGUAUGCGGCAUGUUAUCUGCUGCUCACACCAUCUCUCAUAAGAUACAGAGAGAUUGCGGAGAAACUCCACAAAAGAGACAAACGCUCAAUGCUCUCAGACUUCGCUUGGAUCACGAAGCAAUACCCAGAACUUGAAAUCAAUAUCAGUAAUCCUGGAGAAAUCCGGGUGGGUGACGAAAGGCACUUGAAGGCUGGGGAUGCCUCAAGAGCGAUCGUAGCGCUUUUGAGGCAGAGCCAGAGAACGAGAAGGUUGGAGGCGUGGAAGACGAAGAGGGCAAGUAG